UCAAGGCUUUCUUUUCCUUAAAAUUUUCAAAGAACAGGAAAAGGAGACACACACACACACACUCAAACACAAAAAACACACAGAUGGAGUACUAUGAAAGUGGUUUCUUGGAAGAAUUACUUUCUUUGAGAAGUGAUGAUUCAUGGGAAACAGCUGAAAGCUGUUUCCCUGUGGGAAUGAAUAUUGUCCAUAAUGAUGAUGAGGUUUACUGCAACAAUUACAAUGUUAUUAGUGGCAAUAUCAUCGAUCUUGAUUAUGUAGGGAAAAACCCAUCACCCCUUCCAUCUUCUUCUAUCACAGCUUCCUUUGAUCAUGGCUGCUCAAAUUUCCCGCCGUUUGACCGUUAUACCCUUAUGAGCUGCUACUCCUUUGACGGUGAGUUCUACACCCCACUGCCCUUCGGAGAUGAACUAUCUCCGCCGCUCACGGCGGACUCCUCCAACACCAAGAUCGACACGCCGCCGCCGCCGCCCGCCGCCGCAUUCCGUUCCGGCCAGGAAGAUUUGUCGGCAAUCUUGGAUGAGGUUACUAAUUGCUUUCAUCAUCAACAAAACUUGGAGGCCAUGGAGAUCGGGUGUAAAGUGGAGGCGGUGCAUCAUCAAUCUUGCGGCGGUGAAGGGCCGAGCGACGGCCGGAUGUGGCCGGAGAAGAGGAGCAAAGUGAGGAACCCCCAUGGCCAGCCUUCGAAGAAUCUGAUGGCUGAGAGGAGAAGAAGGAAAAGGCUUAAUGACAGACUCUCCAUGCUUAGAUCAGUUGUUCCAAAGAUUAGCAGAAUGGACAGGACAUCUAUACUAGGGGACACAAUAGAUUACAUGAAGGAGCUACUAGAGAAAAUCAAGAAUUUGCAAGGAGAAAUGGAGAUGGGGCAGAAUCAGCUGAGCCAGAACACCAUCUUCAAGGAUGUGAAACCCAAUGAAAUGUUGGUCAGAAAUUCACCUAAGUUUGAUGUGCAGAGGAGAGGAGAAAGCGAUACAAAGAUCGAGAUUUGCUGUGCAGGAAAGCCCAGCCUUUUACUAUCAACAGUGAAUACACUCGAGAGUUUUGGCCUGGAGAUUCAACAGUGUGUGAUUAGCUGUUUCAAUGAGUUCGCAAUGCAAGCUUCUUGCACUGAGGCAAUGGAGCACAGAGAAAUUUUGAGUGAAGAAGACAUAAAGCAACAACUGUUCAAAAACGCAGGAUAUGGAGGAAGGUGCCUGUAGCUAGUAACUAAUAUAAUGAAUAAAUUAUGCUAAUUUUAUUUUUUUUUGAAAGCAAAAAAAAAAUUAUGCUAAUUCAAGUGUAUAUCAGAAAGGGAAAAGUUGGAUGGGGACGGGGUGGAUAUGUGUUGUGAGAUAGAUUCUAAAUCUUGUCCAAGGAGAUUUAAUUUGAAUUUAAAAUUUGUAGUGAAUUUUUCUAAUAUUUUGUAAUAUUAAUUAGCUCCAAAUAUGUGAAUUAUAUUCUAUUAUUUCGA